CGGCGGCGGGAGCGCAGACGCGCGGAGCCGGAGACCGCGGGAGCGGAGCGCGGGACCGAGCGCCCGGAGCAUCGCGGCGGCGUCCCUGGCGGCGCCCGGCUGCCGGCUGUGAACCUGGGGCGGACGCUCCGGGAAGCUGUGCGCGCGCGUGGCGGGACCUCGGCUGGCCUCAGACCUCGGGGGCUCGGUCUGGAGCGGUUCCUGAUCUCCCAGGAUAGCGCCGGCUGACGGUGCAAAGGCGGACUCCAGUAGGGGAGAAAAAAAGGGGAGAAAAGCAACGGAGGCCAACACUGAAGGGACUAGUGUAGACCUUCUGAGCGAUCCGGAGCAUUGGACCGCGGAGACCCGGGCGGGACCGCGGAGGUGCGGGGCUGAGUCUUCUGGCACCUCGGGUCACGCCUCCUUGGCGAGAAGGCGGGUCACCUUGGAUUGCUUGCAGCUACUACAGAACUUCCUGCCCUGGUGGUGAAGUGGGUCUCGCCUGGGUCGCGCUAGCUCCUGGUUUGAGGCGUGGGACUGAGUUCGCAAGGUGCCGGGCCCCGCAGCCAAGAGGGGUUGGGGAACGGAGUCUCCGAGCCUCCGCGCCCCCAGUGAGUGGCCCGGUGUCGGGUCCUCCCUCCCCCGCAUCAGGAUCCCUCGGGCUUUGCGCCUCCCUCCCCGGGACCCCUCGCCCGGAUAUGGCCGCGUGGAUGCGGGGCAAGGACUCCUCCCGCUGUCUGCUCCUACUGGCCGCGGUGCUGAUGGUAGAGAGCUCACAGCUCGGCAGUUCGCGGGCCAAACUCAACUCCAUCAAGUCCUCUCUGGGCGGGGAGACGCCUCUACAGGCCUCCAAUCGAUCUACGGGCACAUACCAAGGACUGGCUUUCGGCGGCAGUAAGAAGGGCAAAAACCUGGGGCAGGCCUACCCUUGCAGCAGUGAUAAGGAAUGUGAAGUUGGGAGAUACUGCCACAGUCCCCACCAAGGAUCUUCAGCCUGCAUGGUGUGUCGAAGGAAAAAGAAGCGCUGCCAUAGAGAUGGCAUGUGUUGUCCUGGUAACCGCUGCAAUAACGGCAUCUGCAUCCCAGUCACUGAGAGCAUCUUAACCCCGCACAUCCCAGCUCUGGAUGGCACUCGGCACAAAGAUCGAAACCAUGGCCAUUACUCAAACCACGACUUGGGGUGGCAGAAUCUAGGAAGACCACACACUAAGAUGUCACACAUAAAAGGGCACGAAGGAGACCCCUGCCUGCGAUCAUCUGACUGCAUGGAAGGGUUUUGCUGUGCUCGUCACUUCUGGACCAAAAUCUGCAAGCCGGUGCUCCAUCAGGGGGAAGUCUGCACCAAACAGCGCAAGAAAGGUUCUCACGGGCUGGAAAUUUUCCAGCGGUGUGACUGUGCAAAGGGCCUGUCUUGUAAAGUAUGGAAAGAUGCUACCUACUCCUCCAAAGCCAGACUCCACGUGUGUCAGAAAAUAUGAUCACUUCAGAGAAAAUGCAUCACAAGCAGACUGAAUCUGCAUUUAGUGCAUCACAGCACAGUGGGAAAUAGGAUUUUGCUCUCAGAAGAAUGGCUAAUGUAAGGCAUGUGAUAAGAAUAUGAAUCACAGAGUGAGAGAAAGAAAAAGAGAACUAAGUCUAGUGGAAAGGGUGACGAAUGUAGUACAACUAGUGUGUUUCCAUUAUGCAGCUUGUUUUGUAAAUAAUGUGCACACUUGUGAAAAUGCAAUUACUAAAAAAAGAAAGUACAGUGAAAAUCACUGACCAUGUGACUUCUCAAGAGUUUAGGCUGUGCUGGAGGAUCGGUUUCCUCCAGAUAGGAGAUUAUCUAUAAAAUAAAAGCCAUAUUUCUACUCCAAGUUAUAGUUUGAUAAAACACUCCCAGUGUAUCUUGGUAUACAUAGAAUGUAAAACAUGAAAAAAAAUGUUAAAUAGGAAAUGAAGCAGAGUUAAUUUGUAACACAGAUCACCAUUUAAUUUGAAACACUGCUUUUACUGUUCAAUUAAAGGCCUUGGUACACACACACACACACACACACACACACACACACACACAGAAAGCAGUUGAUACUUUCCAAAUAAUUUCAAACUAAUUGCAGGUCUUCCAUCAAGGCCUUUAUAAAAGGAAACAACAACUUGUUUUUCCUCAAACUGCUUAUUUGUGUUUCCCAAUAUUUACUUUCACCUAUACGUAAUCAGAACCAGCAUAACAAGACAGACAAAAGUAGUCCAUUAAGAUUCUCAAGGGACAUUGUUUCAUCUUUCUAGAUUGUAUGUGAUGCCUACCAUGAACACAUGUUAUUUUUCCAACCUAACCCCAGUUGUCAUGUAAAGUGCAGAGAAUUUUCACAGAUUACCAAUCUUUUUAACAUAGUCAAAAUGUAUGGGAAACCAAGCUAAUAGAGAGAUCAUUACUUUUUCAGGCUUCGGCAUUCCCUGAGUGUUGAUAGCAUUAGACAGGUAAGCACAGGUAUUCCUUACGUGCUCUGCAGGAUGGCGGGGUAAAGCUGAGAAUGCAGACCGGAGCUGCAUCUGUCCCGCACUGAAGCCAGCGAGGAAUGGGAGAAACUGUUCAGUAACCAGGUUUGGGAAAUACAUAGGCAUGUCUGAAGCACAACAUGACUUCAUCUUUGAACCCAAGGCUGCACAACCUACGUGGAGUUUCCUAUGGGAUAUGCGAUCUCAAAAUACUCACCACACAGAUGAUAACAGUGUGAGGUCACUAGUUGACCUCAAAAUAUAUAUUUUAUACAUUUGAGGUCCUAAAGUAAUAUGAGGAGUUCUCACAAAAUGAAUUCUCAAGACAGGGAACACAUAGUAAGGUUCCAUUGCCCUAAAUAAGCUCCUAACUGGCUGGUAGCAACAUCUGAUUUUUCUGCAUCAACCUUCCCCUACAACUUCUUUUCUCCCACAAAGAUACAGUUUCUGUUUUCUGCAUCCACUGAUAUAUAUAUAUAUAUAUAUAUAUAUAUAUAUAUAUAUAUAUAUAUAUAUAAUGACUUGUAAGAUCUACAUAUUGCUAAUCUAUAAAAACCACAGGUUCUUCAUUCUUUGAAAUCAUUUUAUCUUUUUUUUUACUUUAUCACUUCUAAACAUUAUGUCUAAAGCAUAAGGUAAAAAUUUAUAGUUCUUACUUUUGACCUUUUCUUUUAUAAACUUAAAGUCACUCCUUAAUUUUAUUUUUUUACAUAACGUUUAUCUUUAGUCUCAAAUUCAAAUUCUCCCAGUAGAAAUUGAACCUGAGCCUGCAUGUCUGUUAAAAAUUUAAGCUUCCCACACACGUUUACUAGGAUAAUUAAGAUUUACAUUUCCUCCAUAUGUCUGUGAAAACAAAAAUUUUCAAACUAACCUAUUCAAUAACCAAAGUCUGUACAAAUAGGAUUCUACACGCUGGGCAACAUAAAAAUUGAGCAUUUCAGUCAAAUGUUUCCUAUGUAACAAUUACACUUACAAUCUGGUUUCUGCAUUAUUUCCCUUCUGUACAUCCUUUCAAAAAUUAUUAUUUGAAGUAAUUUAUUUACAGGAAAUGUUAAUGAGAUGUAUGUUCUUAUAGAGAUUUUUCUUACAGAAAGCUUUGUAGCAGAAUAUAUUUGCAGCAAUUGACUUUGUAAUUUAGGGGAAAUGUAUAAAUAAGAUAAAAUAUAUUAAAUUUUUCUCCUUCAAAAAUUGAA